AUGUUAAUCGAAUAUGGGAUUUUACAUGCAAUAAUUAUCCUGCUGAAAAUCCAGUUGUUCGGAGUCCUCCCAACCCUUGCAAUCCUGGUAGCUGGGUUCUAUGGGCUGAGCAAGGUGCUGGAUAGGUUCGGAUAUCAGUUCGCAGUUGGCCAAGAUGUCCAGUUCUUCUUUAAUUCUGGGAAAGAAUCUGCAAAUUGUAUUGGAAUCAUUGAAAUGGAGAAGAUCAGCGCAAAAACUCUUAAGGAAGAAUGCUUCCUCAAAAAGGGAAUUAGUAAUGUUAGGAAGUUGAGGCAGGUCCCUGUCAACUUCUUAGGAAUCCAGCUUUGGAAAGAUAUUGCUCCAGAGACAGCUAUUAAUCAGUUUUCUACUAUUGAUGAAAAGUUCUCAAGCCAGGAUGACGUAAUAAAACACUGAAAUGAGUGGGCGAGAGAAAACAUCUCUCUAGAGAAACCUCAAUGGGAAAUUAAAUUCAAGGAAAACCAUACUGAGACUACUUCUUUGUUGUUAAUGAAGUGCCAUCACUCAUUCACUGAUGGAGUAGGGGUCAUUACCUUGUUCGCUUUCCUCAAUGACGAAUCACUGUGCCCCAAAAUGAUGCCAAAAUACAAGGAUUUUUCAUGUCUUCAAGCAGUACUAUUAACUUUAUUUACUCCAAUAGCUUUGUUGUGGCAAUACUGUGUAGUACUCUUUCAUAAGGCCCAUGAGUCGAAUAGGAUGAUACACACUCCUACUGGAAGACUAUCUGGAGAGUCCAUCUUUUUGAAGACAAAGACUUUUGACUUUAAAGAUAUUAGGAAAUGUUACAAAAUGUUUGAGAACACUACAUUCAAUAACUACGUCAUGGGCGUUUUGAGUAAGAGCAUGCAUUCUUGGUUUACCAAGAAUGGGGUUGAGGCUCCUGAGAGUCUUAUAAUGAGCUGCCCAGUCUCUAUGAAGACGUUACCUAAAUCUGUUGCUGAUAUCAACCUGAAUAAUUACACAUCAAGCGUGACGAUCCAAUUCCCUGUUCUAGAAAAUCUGAAAGAAUCUUUAAAAAUCACAAAAAGAAGGUUUGCUGAAUUCUUUAAAUUUUAUCACCUAAUUCCAACAGUUUACUUCCAGAAGUUGUUCAGGUACAUCCCCAGGAAGAUAGGGAGCUACCUGUAUGACAAGUUUAUACAAGAGGUGGAUUUCCUUUUGACAAACGUAAGCGGACCUCGUGAACCUAUCUAUCUCUGAAACAAGAAAAUACUAAAAAUCACUCCCUUCCUUAGCAAUUUCUCAAACAUGGACUUAGUAGUGGUCUGCUUCUCUUAUAACCAGAAGGUUAGCUUCCAGAUCAUUGCCGACAAGGAGAUCCAGAUGAACCCUUAUGACUUGAAGGAGUUCAUUGAAACUAACUUCGAUGGAAGAGUUCUUAAACUCAAGAACGAAAAUAUUUAA